UCAGUAUACACUCAUUGUAAUAAUAUCAAGUGUUGAGUUUCACAGUCUCUAUACAGUUAAAUUCCUGUGAUUCAGCAAAAUGGAUGGCACCAAAAAGUCUAAAGAAGAAAUUGAUGCAUAUGUCGACGAAUUGUUCAAGCAGAAUCCUGACAAGUUUGCCGAGUUGGCGGUCGAUAUACAAGACAAGAUGGCCCAAAGUGUGGGACAAGAAGAGAAAAUUCGAGCUCUACCGAUGGAAGACACAAUCUGGUUCAUCGUUGAACUUGAAACAGUUGUUGAUGAUGAUGGUGUUACCCAUCGUUACGUCCAGAUGAACGACAAGAGAGGGAUGGGACUCGGGGUCAAUGUGGCCGAUCCCAGCAACAAGACGUUGUCACAGCAGGCGUACAACCUCUUCUGCUACUGCUGUCUGUUUCCUGUAGCCAAGUCGCCACGACGACCUCGCAUAGUCACCUACCAGGACAAGACCAAACUUCAGUCUGCGGCUAUUUUGGAUCUCAGCACUGUUGGUGUCUACUUCAUGAGCCCUGGUCUCGGUCCACCACUGUCCAUGAGUGAACUCUGGUUCCGCCAGUGCAACAUGUGUCCAAUGAAAGGAACACCAGAUCUCUUUAAAAAGUGCUCAUCAUGUGAUGCCAUCAUCUACUGCUCUAAGGAGUGUCAGAAGCGAGGCUGGUCGCAGCCCGGAGAUAUGAAGAAUCACAGUCAUAAACGGUGGUGUGCUCGCAUGAAGCAGUACAUGACCAGAACAACAGAACUCGCAGACUUCCCGUUCUCAUAUGUACAAGAAACAACCAGUCUCGACUUCCAUGUGCUUGCGUAUCGGAAGUUUCUAAAGAAACAUGGCGUCUACAACAAGGGCAUGUGGCGACGAGAAUGUCUCCUGUGGGCGCAACAAGGAAACGACAUUCCUUUUGGGGACCUAACUGAUGAUGACAACCCAUUUGUACUGCCCACAGAGGGUGCUGUCCUCAGCACAAAACCAGACAGUGUUCCUCCAGAUAUGAGCAAGCCGUUCACUGAUUGGACACAGUAUUACACAUUUCGAGGAUUUAGUCUGGAUUCUCCAAUAGCAGCCCUGCUUAGUUUUCCACUGACGUUGUACUACCUUGUAACAUCAUGUUUUAAAACUGACUAUCCAGAUCGUCUUAAGACUGGAGACACGUUCGUCAUUCAUCUUGUUGGUGCAGAGAAAGAGGUGGAGAUGUUAGCAGCAUUUCAGGAAUUUGCAAGGUUGCUUCCCACAAUGAAGUUCCAGAUUGACAUGGUGGGCAAUGAAAUAUCAAAGAGUGUUAAGAAAGGGAGACAACUGGAGAACAUAAAAAUGACGUGUUACAAGGGCUGGUACCACACGCAGAAACUUGAUAAACCAGAUCUCGUAGUGGGAUUCAAUGCAGGAAUUGGGGCGUAUGUGACAUGGGGAGAGACACUAAAGAAACUGAAGAUGGACAGCACUCCAGUGUAUUUGACGGAUUACUGCCAACUGAGUUGUGAGUGUGCGAGAGAGGCCAUGGAAGGUCUUGGUGUCGGCUCCACAACUGAACCAAUCAUCAACCCAUUUCGCAGUCCGCUCAGGAAAGUGUGUGAAGAAAAUAACAUGCCCUGGUAUAGCAACGCUUUUAUAUACCGGCUCAUUUACAGCUGAGAGAACAUGUCCUGGUGCAGCCUCGGUAGUAACUUAGAAAAGAUGCUCAAAUAUGACUUCAUCAUGCCCUGGUACAGGCUCAUUAGCAGCUGAUAAAACAUGCCCUGAUGAUGCAUCAUUAAAUUAUUAAUAGCUUAGAAAUGAUGCCCUGGUGAAGCCUCAUUAAGUAGCUUAGAAAUCAUGCCCUGGUACCAUGAAUUCAUGCCCUGGAACAGCAAUGUCUUUAUAUAGACUUAUUUACAUCUGAUAAAAUGGGAAAAAAUAGGCCCUGGUAGAGCAUCAUUAAUAGCUUAGAAAUUAUGUCCUGGUACCACAACAUCAUGUCCUGGAACAGCAAUGUUUUUAUAUAGACAUUUAUAGCUGAUAAAAUUAUUAAAUUGGUAGAGCCUCAUUAAAGGAUUCCCUGGUAGAGCUCAGAAAUGAUGCGCUGGAACAGCAAUAUCUUUAUAUAAACGUAUUUACAGCUGAUAACAUGAAACAAAACAGGCCCUGGUAGAGCAUCAUUAAAUAGUUUGGAAAUGAUGCCCUGGUACAGCAAUGUCUUUAUAUAGACUUAUUUACAGCAGGCCCUGGUAGAGCCUCAUUAAAUACUAUGAUGGAGUCUCUUUAACAGCUUAGAAAUGGAUGUCCUGGUACAGCAAUGUGUUUAUAUAGACUUAUUUACAGCAGGCCCUGGUAGAGCCUCAUUAAAUACUAUGAUGGAGUCUCUUUAACAGCUUAGAAAUGGAUGUCCUGGUACAGCAAUGUGUUUAUAUAGACUUAUUUACAGCAGGCCCUGGUAGAGCCUCAUUAAAUACUAUGAUGGAGUCUCUUUAACAGCUUAGAAAUGGAUGUCCUGGUACAGCAAUGUGUUUAUAUAGACUUAUUUACAGCAGGCCCUGGUAGAGCCUCAUUAAAUACUAUGAUGGAGUCUCUUUAACAGCUUAGAAAUGGAUGUCCUGGUACAGCAAUGUGUUUAUAUAGACUUAUUUACAGCAGGCCCUGGUAGAGCCUCAUUAAAUACUAUGAUGGAGUCUCUUUAACAGCUUAGAAAUGGAUGUCCUGGUACAGCAAUGUGUUUAUAUAGACUUAUUUACAGCAGGCCCUGGUAGAGCCUCAUUAAAUACUAUGAUGGAGUCUCUUUAACAGCUUAGAAAUGGAUGUCCUGGUACAGCAAUGUGUUUAUAUAGACUUAUUUACAGCAGGCCCUGGUAGAGCCUCAUUAAAUACUAUGAUGGAGUCUCUUUAACAGCUUAGAAAUGGAUGUCCUGGUACAGCAAUGUGUUUAUAUAGACUUAUUUACAGCAGGCCCUGGUAGAGCCUCAUUAAAUACUAUGAUGGAGUCUCUUUAACAGCUUAGAAAUGGAUGUCCUGGUACAGCAAUGUGUUUAUAUAGACUUAUUUACAGCAGGCCCUGGUAGAGCCUCAUUAAAUACUAUGAUGGAGUCUCUUUAACAGCUUAGAAAUGGAUGUCCUGGUACAGCAAUGUGUUUAUAUAGACUUAUUUACAGCAGGCCCUGGUAGAGCCUCAUUAAAUACUAUGAUGGAGUCUCUUUAACAGCUUAGAAAUGGAUGUCCUGGUACAGCAAUGUGUUUAUAUAGACUUAUUUACAGCAGGCCCUGGUAGAGCCUCAUUAAAUACUAUGAUGGAGUCUCUUUAACAGCUUAGAAAUGGAUGUCCUGGUACAGCAAUGUGUUUAUAUAGACUUAUUUACAGCAGGCCCUGGUAGAGCCUUAUUAAAUACUAUGAUGGAGUCUCUUUAACAGCUUAGAAAUGGAUGUCCUGGUACAGCAAUGUGUUUAUAUAGACUUAUUUACAGCAGGCCCUGGUAGAGCCUCAUUAAAUACUAUGAUGGAGUCUCUUUAACAGCUUAGAAAUGGAUGUCCUGGUACAGCAAUGUGUUUAUAUAGACUUAUUUACAGCUGAUAAAACAGGCCCUGGAAGAGCAUCAUUAAAUGAUACUAUGGUGGAAUCUCUUUAAUAGCUUAGAAGUGGAUGUCCUGGUACAGCAAAGCAGUUAGUGUUUGUGCCCCAUCCCUCUAUAAAAUCAUGGCUAGUCAAUCCCAUUAGUCAAUAAAUAUACUUCUAACUGUGGCUUAGUUUUAAUACAGGUUUAUCUUCCCAUGGUAAUGAUAUACUUGGACAUGGAUUGUAUACAUAACAAAUCUAAAUGUUUUUGUUUCAUCCGUGCUGUACUGAAGGAAUUCGAGGCUGGUUAUGGAGAAGCGAAGGACUUUGUAAACCUUGUUCAGUUAUUAGCUUCAAGCUCAAUUUGGUUUUUUUCUACUGUUACUGGUGAUGAAUUUUUGUGGACUGGAGAAUUCAAGUUUUAUCAAAACUGCAUUGGUUGUACAACUGACACACCCAUUAGUUAGUGCUUGUUUGUAUGGAUGCAUCAUUAGCAAAAUGACCUUAUUUAUUUACACGUCAUAUAAAAUUACAACCCUCUUAUUGGUCACUAGAAAAUGUCUACAUUAUGUUGUACUUUUAUUUAGCAUUUUUGUAAUAAAAUUGUUUUACUUUU